AUGUAUUCUGGAAGAUUUGCAUUUUUUGUGCGUUCGGAGGGAUUACUGUGCACAAGGUAGAAUGGAAGACCUUAAUUAAAUAAAAAAUUAAGAUAAAAGAAUCUUACAGAUGAUUUCAAAAUAAUUCGCGAACGGAGGUUAUUUCACGCAUGUGAAUUAAUUUCUUGUUGCCAUCUUUCGAUUUCUGUAACUACACGUAAAAAAAAGUUGUUUUUACAGAAAUUUUUUUCUUAACGAUGUAAUGAUCUUCCUUUUUUUUGCUAUUCAAUGUUUUAGAAAUCACUUGCUAAGCUUUCACCAAAAUAUCACAAAACAUGCGUUAAAACGUCUGAAAGCAACAAUUUUCCCACCAAAACCAAAAAAGCCAGAAUCCCCUUUUCUUCUGUAUGUGAGACAUGUUAAACCACAGUUUAUCAAAGAAGAACCUGAUAUGAAAUAUUCUGAGAUAUUACAAAGAGCAUCCAACGAGUGGGCAAAACUGGAUUUUGUUGAAAAGCAGAAUUUUAGAGUUGAGUUCGACAAAAAUUACAAAAUAUAUACAGAAAAAUUGAGAGAAUAUGAUGACUCUGUUACUGAGGAACAAAAGCAAUUGUGGAAACAAAAGAAGAAAGAAUAUGAAAAAGCAGAUAUCAAAAAGAAAUAUGAAGUACUUGGAAAGCCAAAGAAACCAUUGAACGCGUAUUUGUUUUACUUGUGGUCAAAGAGGAAAGAUAAAGAUCCAGAUAUCCCUACUCAGGAUUGGAUAAAAUCAGUGUCUGUGAGCUGGAAAGCAUUGUCGGAUGAAGAAAAGGAACCAUAUAUCACAGAGGCUAUGCAACAUAAUGCACAAUAUUCCAAGGAUUUAAAAAAGUGGGAGAUGGAAAUGAUACGUUCUGGUAAUUUUGAUAUUGUAAGAAAUAAAACUUUAUUGGAAUAUAAGAAUGCUAAUUUUGAGGAAUAA